UAAUUUUGCAAAAAGCAUCGGGCAGUACCAAACCAACCACCUACCCCCGAAGUAUAAACCUACCAUUUUUCGCCUAAUUGACGUUCAAAAUUUCAAUCAAAUUCAGAAUUAAUUGAAUCCCCAAUCCAAUUUCAUCUCCGUCUCCAUCUCCAUCUCAUGGCUUUGAACGACACUUUUUACCUCUCCCAUGGAUCUCCCAUGAUGAGCAUCGAUGAUAGCAUUAAAGCAAGGCAGUUCUUCAAAUCUUGGAAGGACAGUGCUUUUGUGGCAAAACCCAAAGCCAUUCUCUGCAUUUCUGGCCAUUACGACACCACUUAUCCCACUGUCAAUGUCGUUUCCGGCUCCAACGAUACCAUCUACGACUUCUAUGGCUUUCCUUCCUCUAUGUACAAGUUAAAAUAUCCGGCACCGGGAGCUCCGGCGCUAGCGAAGAGGGUGAAAGAGGCUCUGAUAAGGGCCGGAUUCGAGCGAGUCGAUGAAGAGCGAGGACGGGGACUGGACCAUGGAGCAUGGGUUCCUCUAAUGUUCAUGUAUCCAGAAGCAGACGUCCCAGUUUGCCAACUUUCAGUACAAUCACACUUAAAUGGAACACAUCAUUACAACUUGGGCAAAGCAUUGGCUCCUCUUAAAGAUGAAGGAAUUCUCAUAAUUGGGUCAGGAAGUGCUACACACAACCUUAGAACUCUCAAUCGCAGUGGAAAGCCUUCAGCCAUUGCCCCAUGGGCUCUUGAGUUUGAUGAUUGGCUCAAAGAUGCUCUCCUUCAAGGAAGGUACAAUGACGUGAACGAAUACGAGAAGAAGGCUCCACAUGCAAGAAUGGCACAUCCGAAUCCGGACCACCUUUUCCCCCUGCAUGUUGCGAUCGGAGCAGCGGGAGGCGACCCGAAAGCGAAGCUUAUCCACCAUAGCUGGGACCUUGGAACCAUGUCCUACGCCUCCUACCAAUUCACAGACUCUUCUCCCACCCACCAAUCACAAGAAUUAUAAACAUCAACAACCCCUCCAAAUCUCCGUUGUUUAUACGAUAAGGUAGCGGUCAGAUUCCUCAAGGUUGAUCCUGCUGCUACUUGCCACUGAAAGGCUCGGCUUGUUAAGAAGAAUUUAGGUUGAUGGUCUAUCUAUGUACACAUGUUUUGAGAGGGAUUAAGGCUUUGUUAGUGAAGUUUGGGCUCAACUGUAAAUAUCUUACCUGUAGAUGUUAUGUCAUGACUGUUUACAUGUGAUUAUAUAAACUUAUGCAGAACCUUAUGGAGACGUGUUGUAUGUGUU